AUGGACGAGAAUGGAAUGACACCGCACAGAGAGCAGCGGUUCGUCAUCGCUGUGGACUAUGGCACGACGUAUACAGGCCUAGGUGUCGCCUACGCAACUCCCAACUCCAAUUAUCUCCCGCUCGACGAGAUCGACCUGAUGGAGGACUGGGGCCACAACAUGGGCAACCACAAGAAGAUCCCCAGCGUCAUCUCCUUCUCGCCGUCGACCGAGGCCAUGGAGCAGCAGUGGGGUUACGACCUGAGCGAACACGCCAUCUCGGUCGUCCACACCAAGCUGGAACUCGACCUGCAGGACGUGUCGGGCGAGCUGGACCUCAUGCUCCACGCCCUCGACGGCAUGUGCGACUUUAGCUUCCAGCACAUCAAGGGUGCCGGCGCCGAGCACGCCUUUAGCGACAAGUCCGCCGAGAGGGUCGUGACCGACUACCUCACCAGAGUGUUUGAGCACCUGCUGGCGGCGAUUGCCAAUUUCUCCUUCUCCAUCAGGAUUCGCGUCCCGGUUGAUCUUGUGGUCACUGUACCGACGGAAUGGUCCUACCGGGCCAAAAACUCGACCUUCCGCGCCCUCACCACCGCCGGUUUCAACCAGCAUAACUUCCCCAAGCUGGCCAGCGUCCUGUUCAUCACAGAGCCCGAGGCGGCGGCAAUCUACACGGCGCGGUAUCUGAAGGAUGAGGUCCGCGAAAUCUUUCUCAAGGAUGUCGUAUCAUACAAGGUCAAACAGGUGGAACCGUCACUCGUGCUGGAGAGAAUCGGAGUCCCAACCGGCGACAAAUGCGGCGCCAUCUACAUCGACAUCGCCUUCAAGGAAUGGCUGAGACAGCAGCUCGGCAACAAAUACUACGAGAAACUCGACCUGAACCAGGACCUGCAGCGCGUCAGCUCGCACACGUGCGAGAGCAAGGCCAUGCGCGAACUGAUGAAGUCGUUCGACGUGCUGAAGAAGCAGUUCCACAAGAACCACAGGGACAUGGCGCUGGAUCUGCCCGCGCCGCUGCACAAUUUGACCCUCGAGGGCCGCGUCGACUGCGGCGAGAUCAAGAUCUCAAACGCCACAAUGACUGGAUUCUUCGACUUUUGCGUGGGUAAGAUCAUGGAUUUGCUCACAGGGCAUAUCCGCCAGAUCGACAACCUGGGCAAGCAAGUCAAGAACAUCUUCCUCGUCGGCGGCUUCGGCGAAUCGCCUUACCUGCAAGAAGAGAUUGAAUUCUCGCUGCGCCUGCGACGGAUCAAGCUGCGACGGCCCGACACGUCGUGGACGGCCGUGGUCCGGGGCGCCGUGCUGCACGGCAUCGAAAAGGACACCAUCUCGAACCUGUCGAUCGCGACGGCGUGCCCGCGCCACUUUGGCAUCAGCGUCAGCGAGCAGUUCUCCAAGAUCCACCACGAGGAGCGCGACAUCACCGUCAACCCCAUCACCAACUCGCAGAUCGUCGAGGGCCAGCUGCUCUGGAUGCUCAACAAGGGCGACCUGGUCCUGUCCGACACCCCGACCACCGUCUCCCAGCUGAUUUCUCUGUCGUUCCGCGAGAACGACAAGGCCAAGCGCCACCUGACCGUCUACUCGUACUCGGACGACGAGGACCGGCCCAACAAGAUCAAGAACUCGUUGGAUGAACUCACCGUCUCGCACGUCCUCGAGUACGACCUGACGGGCAUCGACCGCAAGCUUCUCGAGAAGCCAAAGGGCCGCCACGGCAGCUUCUACCUCGCCCGCCUGAAGCUCACGCUCUCACUCUCGGCCAACCGGCUGAGCUCGGUGCUCUCGUGGAACGGCGUCGAGUUGGCCGUGGGGGAUGAGACGUGGUAG